AUGGCCGAGAACACAGGCACGCCGUUUGUGCGGUGCACGGGCCACCGUUUCUUUGCACAGCGGUUGGUGCUGGCCACGCUGACCGGCAAGCCGGUGCACAUCUCGGGCAUUCGCAGCUCAUCGCCGACGAGUCCGGGAUUGGCGCCGCACGAGGUCUCGCUGCUGCGGCUGCUCGAGGCAGUCACCAACGGCAGCUCCUUCCAGAUCUCCUACACCGGCACCACGAUGACGUAUCACCCGGGCCUGAUCACCGGCACCGUGGCUGGCGCCGGUGCCACAGAAGAAGACCUGAUCGAGCACCAUAUUCCGGCCGGCUGCACGCGUGGCAUCACCUACUUUUUGGCCCCGCUGGCCCUCCUGGCACCCUUCAGCAAGGCCCACAUGAAUGUGCGCUUUUCAGGCCCGGGCGUCAUCACCGCCGCCACUGAGGCCGGCGACCUCUCGGCUGACGCCUUCCGUUUGGCUAUCCUGCCGCUCUAUGGCCUCUUUGGCAUCCCACCUGCUCGCAUCGAGCUCGCCGUCCGCCAGCGCGCCUGCACCGGCUACGGAGAUCGUCGCGGCAACGGCGUCGUCGAACUGCGCUUCGCCAGCCAGGUCCGCCUCCCUCGCACCCUCCACCUCAACCGUGGCGCCGGCCGGAUCCGUCGCAUCGCUGGCGUUGCCUACACUGUCGGCGUCACGGCCUCCAACAACAAGCGCAUGAUCCAUGCGGCCCGUGCUGUCCUCAACACACUCACCGGCGAAAUCCGCAUCGCCGAGGCUCCGCCCGCUCAGGACGACGCCCGCAACAAACCCGGCAUCGGCUUCGGUCUCUGUCUGGUCGCCGAGUCCAACGUCCCAGGUGUUGUCUACUCGGCCGAUGUCGUCGCUCCUGCUCGCGGCGGUGUCCUCGCCGAGGAUAUCGGUACCCAGUGCGCACACCAGCUGCUCGCCAACAUUGCCGCCGGCGGCUGCGUCUGCCGCUCGGCUGCCACUACCGUCCUCACUCUCAUGGCCAUGGGCGCCGAGGAUGUCGGUCGCCUCCGUCUGGGCAGAGACGUUGUUGGCACCCAGGAGGUUGUCGCCCUUGCCCGCGACCUCAAGGCCUUUGGUGCCAGUAGCUGGGGCCUUCGUCAGGCCGACGACAGCGCCGUCGAUUCGGCCGACGACUUGGAAAACGGCACCAGCUCCGACGAUACUCCUCUGGAACUCCAAUAUCGGUGCAUAUCCUGUUGUCGUUACUCGUAA